CCUGGGAAACCCUCCGGCAAACAGGAAAAACUGGAGGAAACGGAGAGGGAGAAAGACGAGCUGAGGGAGAGCAAUCGGAGGCUGACCACGGAAAAUGCAGCGUUGAAGGGGAAGAUCAAUGAGCUCAAAACGCAGGCGGCGAGAGAGGAGGAGGAGCAUUCCGCAGCGCUGAAGGUGAAUCAGGAAGCAGUGUUGGAACUGGAGAAACAGGUAUUGGAGCAGAAGUUGAAGUCUGAGUUGGAACUGAAGGCCCAGAGUGAGAAGCAGGAACAGCUCAGAAAGGUCCUGACCGAGAAGGAGGCGGCUUGUUUGACCCUGCAGACGGAAAACCAGGACCUGCUGGCCGAGGUGGAAUCGGCCCGGAGCUUGGCAGAGCAGCUGAAGCAGAAGAACGGGAAGGCCGGGGAGAAGCUGAAACAGCUUCGGCAAGAGAACGAGCGGCUCAGGGCGGAGAUCAGUGCCAAGGAGGCCGAGCUGACAAGCCUGACGGAAGUGAAGAAUAAGUCGGCGAGUGAGUUGAAGGCUGCGCAGGAGCGACUCCAGCUCGUUCAGUUUGACUUUGAAACCAAGAGGAAGGAAAAUGUGGCAUUGAAGGAGGACCUGAUGAAGUUGGCCGAGGUGCGGAAUGAGCAGCAGAAUUGCCUGGCCGAGAUUUCCCAACUGCGCCAAGCCCUCAGCAAGUCCGAGGAACUGAAGGCAUCCAACGCCAGCACUGUGGAGAAGCUCCAGGAGCAAGUGGGGGAUCUCCAGCAGUGCCUGAAGGACAUGGAGAAGCAAGUGAGGUCGGCCCAGCAGCAGCAGGCUCAGACCGCGGCCGAGCUGAUGGUCGCUCAGGCCGGUCAGGAGCAGAGCCAGAGGAGCCUCCGUGACGCCCAACAGGAGAUCCAGCACUGGAAGUACAAAUUCGAGAAGGUCGACGAAAUCUUCUCAAAGAGUGAGGGGAAGUGCACGGAGCUUGCACGCGAGCUGGACGUGAAGACCCGCGCCUUGGACGUUCGUGAUGCAGAGGUGGCUGAUUUACAGGACGAGGUGACUGAAUUACAGGAGGAGAUGGAGAGACUGACUAAGAGGAUUGAGGAGUUGAGGCCCAGCACAGACCAUCAGAGUGGAGCGUUCAGAUUGGAACACGCCAAUCCUUACAGCAUGAACGUUCCAACAGCACAUUCAGCCCAUCCAGAGCUCCUGUUUGGCAACCCGUACUUCGAGAGAGGACAUGGCACCACACAGUCCAUGGGUCCUCCACCACCAGCUGAAGGAAGUUUUCCUCAACCCUGUUCUAAAUGGACGUCCCUCAACUCUGAGGCUGUGCCCUCUGGUCCUAGACUCGCGCCACUGCAGGAAACGCCCUCUAUCUCAGCCGGUGCCGCGGAACCAUCAGCGGAUCAAUUUGUUGAUCUUCAGCAAGACCUGAAUGACUUGGAGAAUUUCCAGGACUUUGAAGCGGAGCUGCCCGUUACCAGCCAGAAGUGCCCCGUCUGCCUCUUCCCGUUCGACCCGGCCAUGGAGGAGUCGGUGAUGGAGCAGCACAUCUCCGUGCACUUUGGUCACGAUUGUCCCAUUUGUGAGCAGCAUUUCCCGGAGGACCAGCAGACCCAGUACGCAAGCCAUGUCCAAUCUCACUUCGCAGCGGCCAGCUGAGGGGC